AUGCACUUUCCUAAUAAUGCUGUGGUCUUUCCGCCAGCCGAUGGUAACCCCGCUGGGACUUCGGAUAGGAAUUUUGCUAUUAGUUUCCCCUCCGGUGAACCUCCAGGACCCUCUGGAAUACGACCUUCUGAGCCGUUGGACGGUAGGACCGGGAUUGGCGAAGUUGAGCACGCCCAGGCGGGAAAAGGAGGAUUCCUGGUUGAUGUUCUGGAAUAUAAACAAGCACAUCGCAACGACUUUAUGUGUGAGUUCUGUUAUGUGCAGACAAAAGGUACCGUGUGCUCUAAGCCUCGGACCGAUGCAUGGUUAAAUGCGAGAUUUUGUUCUUGCUCCAUCAUGCCUAUACGGCUUAUCAGAAGAAGAAUAUUGAACUUGCACCCCGCGACGUCGCCGAGCGCACGCCGCGACGCGUCCCCACGACAUCGCUGAAACGUGGACCUUGCGCCGUGACUAGUAUUUUGUUACUCGCCGCCAGAGAAUCCUGA